UGAAAAAAUGGGUCAAAAUUAUUGUUCGUCCAUGCAAGUUGAACAUUAUUUUGUGUGAUCGAUUAGGGGAAAGUCCACUGUUUAACCACGUAACACAGUUCAUGUAUAUAUAGAUAGAUCCAUCAUCACUCAGAACUCACAAAAGAUAAAGCCUCUCCUGCCCCUCGUAGGCCAACAGAACAAUGGCCAAAAUUCCAGUGGUAGAUUUCUCGAAAGAUGACUGCUUGAAGCCGGGGACAAGUUCUUGGCUCUCGGCACGCAAAGACGUUUGCCGUGCACUGGAAGAUAUCGGCUGUUUCACGGCAAUUCUUCCCAACAAAGUUCCAAAGGAACUUGCCAACACCUUCUUCUCUACAUUUGACGACUUGUUUGAUUUUCCAACCAGUACUCCUGAAAAGCCUUUCUUCUAUGCAACUUCUAAUUCCGGGCAACGAACCUACGGGAUCAUCAACGGCACAAACCCUCAAGAUGUUCAACAAUUCACACAUCUCAUUUGGCCCGAUGGAAAUGAUCAAUUUAGUGAGAGUGCUGACUUUUAUGCAAAAGUGCUGUCGGAAUUAGAUCAAACUGUGACAAGAAUGGUGUUUGAAAACUACGGUGUAGAGAAGUACCACGACGAUCACGUUCGAUCGAUGUUUUACGAUUUGAGAAUGAUUAGAUACGAGAAACCCGAGAAACUUGAUAGUGAUGUAGGUUUAAAGAUUCAUACGGACAAGAACUUCUCCACCAUAAUCCAUCAAAACCAUAUCAACGGUCUGGAGAUAAAUACAAAGGAUGAUGAGUGGGUGCUUUUUGAUCCUCCACCUUCAUCCAUUAUAUUCAUAGCAGCUGACGGAUUUCAGCAAGGACGUUUGUGUUCUUUUAUUGGCUUAGGUUUGGAGCAAUGACAGAAUCCGACCUUGUAGACAUAUAGAGUGACCUUGACUGAAAAUGUCGUAAGAUACACAUUUGGUGUCUUCUCUGUCAAGAAAGGGGUGAUACGCGUACCAAAUGAGCUCGUGGACGAAGACCACCCGUUACUGUAUAAGCCUUUGAAUCAUGUUGAGUUCCUCAUGGCACAGAGACAUACUGGUGAAACUGAGUAUGCCGCAAAGGCAUAUUGUGCCAUUUGACAUUUUCUUUGGUCCAACGCUCCAAGUCAAUCCCGCUAUGGUUUUCUCUUUCUAUUUUCUUCCAUGUAUUUUAUUAUUCUACUUUUAUUUUUCUAAAACAGUACUAGGUUUAUGGGUAAAUGUUGAAAUAACAAGGAGAUAUUCUUGUGUGCGGAUUCUCCUAUGAGACAUAGAACUCAAGGGGAAGGAGGGAAGACAGAGUACAAGGGGUCCACCUAUUGGAUGAACGCCGGUGAGACUCUCUCAGUAGCGGAGCCAAUGUUGGGGUCACUGGUUGCCCAUGACCCCAACAGCUUCAAAAUUCCUAUAUACAUUUGAAUCUGUAUUUGUAUUUCACCCCUAUAAAUAGUUAUGGCAAACUAAAUCAUAACAACCUCCUCCUACUAAUUA